AUGACCAACACUUGUGAUCAAGGAGACAAUGACGAUUUGUUGUUGUACAUUAUACAUGUUUCUGAAUUGAAUGUAGAGUCUCCCAUUCCAUCCAAAUAUGAGCACCCAUCAGAGCCUGAUCCUGAACUUGAUGUUCCCAUUGCCAUAAUGAAAGGGGAGCGUUCAUGUACUUACCCUAUAUCCUCUUUUGUUUCUUAUGGUAAACUAUCUUCAACUUCACGCACGAUAAUCUCUACACUUGAUAAUAUAACUAUUCAUCAAACGGUUGGUGAAGCUUUGAACCAUUCUAGAUGGCGGGAUGUUAUGAUUGAUGAGAUCAAUUCUCUUGAUCAAAAUAAUACAUGGGAUUUGGUAGACUUACCUGCAAUGGUAUAUCUUGAUGACAUAGUGAUUACUGGGAGUGAUGAAAUUGAGAUCAAGAAGCUGAAAGAUUUUCCUUCAUCUCGGUUUCAAACAAAGAACCUAGGUCCUAUAAAAUACUUUUGGGGAAUUAAAGUCUCUGACCUAAGAGGAUUGGAUUUGCAGACUGGUGCAUUCACAUAUAGACAAAUCAAGGCAGCCACUGACAAGUUUGCUGAUUCAAAUAAACUUGGGGAGGGUGGUUUUGGAUCGGUUUACAUGGGUACCCUAUUAGAUGGAACUCCAAUUGCUGUGAAGAAACUCUCUUCGAAAUCAAAGCAAGGAAAUCGUGAAUUUGUUAAUGAAAUAGGCAUGAUAGCCGGUAUACAACACCCAAAUGUUGUAAGGCUAUAUGGCUGUUGUGUCGAAGGCAACCACCUUCUCCUUGUUUAUGAGUACAUGGAGAAUAAUUCUCUAGCACAUGCGCUAUUUGAGCACAAUAACUCUAAAUUGGAAAGUGAUUGGCCUACAAGACAAAGAGUUUGUGUUGGCAUUGCAAAAGGUUUGACAUUCCUGCAUGAGGAUUCGGUGCUCAAAAUGGUUCAUAGGGACAUCAAGGCUUCAAAUGUACUCUUGAAUGCUGACCUUACACCAAAGAUCUCAGAUUUUGGUUUGGCCAAACUUGAUGAAGAAAAAAACACUCACAUUACCACUAGAGUUGCUGGAACUAUAGGGUAUAUGGCACCAGAAUAUGCAUUAUGGGGCUACUUGACCUACAAAGCAGAUGUAUACAGUUUUGGGGUUCUUGCUCUAGAAAUUGUUGCAGGAGAGAAUAAUAUUAAAUAUCGGCCAACUGAAGAUUAUUUUUGUCUUCUUGAUUGGGCGGUUGUUCUGAAACAAAAGGGGAGUUUGAUAGACUUGGUGGAUCCAAGAUUGGGCUCCGGAUUCAACAAAAAAGAGGCAGUGAGGAUGAUCAAAAUUGCUCUAUUAUGCACUAAUAAGUCCCCGGCUCUUAGGCCUACCAUGUCUGAAGUAGUUAAUAUGCUUGAGGGUCGUAUGAAAAUCAAGGAACCAAACAUGAAAGUAACUUUGUCUGAAGAGGAGCUUGUGAUUGGAGAAAUUGGAGGGACGAUUAAAGAGAUGAAACCUCAUGAGUCUGUUCAAACAGUGAUUUCUAUUGAGGCAACAGCUUCCAGCUCAAACAGCCGGCCUGUAUCCCAAUAG